AUGAAUUAUUCACUGCAUAAUUUACCAAUUUAUUUCAUUUAUACUACUACUACUACUACUACUACUACUACUACUACUACUACUACUACUACUACUACUACUACUACUACUACUACUACUACUACUACUACUACUACUACUACUACUACUACUACUACUACUACUACUACUACUACUACUACUACUACUACUACUACUACUACUACUACUACUACUACUACUACUACUACUACUACUACUACUACUACUACUACUACUACUACUACUACUACUACUACUACUACUACUACUACUACUACUACUACUACUACUACUACUACUACUACUACUACUACUACUACUACUACUACUACUACUACUACUACUACUACUACUACUACUACUACUACUACUACUACUACUACUACUACUACUACUACUACUACUACUACUACUACUACUACUACUACUACUACUACUACUACUACUACUACUACUACUACUACUACUACUACUACUACUACUACUACUACUACUACUACUACUACUACUACUACUACUACUACUACUAAUAAUAAUAAUAAUAAUAAUAAUAAUAAUAAUAAUAAUAAUAAUAAUAACAUUAUCGUUAUUAUUAUUAUUAUUAUUAUUAUUAUUAUUAUUAUUAUUAUUAUAUACAACAUUUAA